AUGGUGUCGAGGAUAGUCGCGCUCCUGCUCUCAGGAGUCGCACUGCUGCAGGUGCAGGUGCAGGCGCAAAGCGAGCCCUCGACGGAUCUGAUUGGCACGUGGACCAGCAAGUCCAACGGCACCAUCACCGGCGAUGGCUUCUACGACCCCAAGGCCGACCAUCUCAUCGAACCCAAGCACACGGGAAUCAGCUACUCCUUCUCGGCCGACGGCCACUUCGAGGCGGCAUACUACCGCGCCAUCCACGGCAGCUACGAGAAGCUCGCCAACGGCAGCCUCCACCUGAAGCCCAUCAAAGUCGACGGCCGGCAACUGUACAGCGACCCAUGCCAGUACAAGAAUUCCGUCUUCACGCGAUACAAUGCAACUGAGAAGUUCAAGGCAUACCAAGUCUACACGGACACGUACAACAAGCGACCGCGUCUCGAUCUCUUCCAGGCCGACGGCGCCCCCAUCAUGCCUCUCUACCGUAUCUACGACACCCCCAAGAUGCUGCCAACCACGACGCUCAACCCACUCACUACUGCCUCGCCCACCGCCGCCAGCAAACUCAAGCGCUCUCUACCUCACGAGGUCCUGUUCAAGCGCACCGAGGGAAACACCCGCGCAGACCAGUGGUGGUGGUUUGGCGUGCUGAUGACCGCCGGCGGCGGAGUCAUGUACUGGUUCUUCUAA